UACUGAAAUUGACUGAAAUCAACUGCCACUCUACCCUUGGCUGUGGAAAACAACAAGCUUUGAGGCAAACCUAAUGAUGGGCAGGUGCCCACCCUCCUCCUGUGCAAUUGAAUGACCUGGGGCACUCAGCACUACUGUUCUCCUUCGAUUGAGAAAAGUCAUCCAUUACUACUCUCCCAGCUCCACCAAUGGAGGUCUUCAGCACAAUGGACAGUGAUUGGCUCACACAGCUGGGGUUCAGGAGUAAUCAGCUCUGGUUGAUUUUGUUCAGCCUGUUAUUGUUGAAGUUGAGGGGGGAAUUGCUUUCUGGCAGUAUGAUGAACCUGGACCUGACCUGGCUGCUCGUGAUCCAGCUCUUGUUGACCGGCUCCACUUUCUCCAUCUCUCAAAGUCCAUUUGGCCUGGAUGAUGGACUGCAUCAUGGCUUGGCUGUGGAGGACGAGGAGAAAGGAAAGCAGGAGAGGAAAUUUUUCAUUUCAGGGUCGCCUCUGGAGCAUGGUCACCCAGAGAAGAGGGUUUUGGGGCUGGGUGAGGCAUCUCUGGAGGAAGAAGACAGGGAGCAGGCAGCCCUGCGUCUGGUAUCAAUGAUCACGGCAAUGCUCCGGGACAAGGUGCAGGCAGCCCCCCUGCUGGGCAAUGCCAGCUGUGAAGAGCUGCUGGCUUCUGCCUCCCUGGGGGGCACCUCCUUGGCCCUCUUCCCCCGUGAGCUGCUGGGCCUCUCCCUGGUGCCAGUUCUGGGGGUGUCUGGCUGCCCCCAGGAGGCCAAGACUUUGAUACUGCAGCUGUUUGAACUACUGGGCAUGGCCGACACAGAGGAGCUUCUGCUGGAGAUCAAGGACUUGAUUAGAUGGAGCUCUUACCCCCAUGCCACUGCGGCUCCGGCCCCACCCAUGGGGAAUACCCAGGCAGGGCGCCACCUGCAGGCUGUCAUGUUCAACAUCCAGCAGCUGGCCGGGACAGGGGAAUCAGCGGGGGAAGGUGUGGAAGAAGGCGGGGAUGAGAGGCAGGAAAGGUGCCAGGGGUGGACUCGGGUGAAUGGGACCUUCCUAUUGGGAGAUACAGCUGGGGAGGAGGGCAGGAUUCAGGAAGCGGUACAGACCUGUGAAAACCUUGGUGCCAAGUGUGCUGGGGUGUCUAGUGGGGCAAGCCCUGGGGAGUACCGGGCAGUGCUGAGGAGGGGCGGCCGGAUUGUGCCCACUGCCUCCCAGUCAGAGAGCUGGAUCCGUGAGUGCCAGGAGCCCCUGGCCAGGCGCGUUCGACGCAGCCACCAGAUCAACUGCGUCAACAAGCGGGAGGAGCGUGUCUACAGUGUGGUUGAGUGGAUCCCCGGUGUCAGCACGCUCUACAACCUGGGGACCGCCGUCUACUAUGCCUCCGUCAACUGCUCCGAGAUGGCGAAGGAGAGGGCCAUCCUCAGCGCUGUGGACCUGGGGACUGAUGCCCUCAUGGUCGUCACCGGGGGCGCAGCAGGGGUGGCCGGCUACGCGCUGGGGGCGGGAGUGAAGACAGGAGUGAAAGCAGGGAUCAAGUACCUCCUGAACAGCAUGAAGCACGAGGAUGACAUCAUCGUGAACCGCAACAGCUGGGACACGUACAUUACUGUCCAGUAAUAUGAGUGCAAUCCAAUCCAAUUAGCUAGCCCCAUCUCCCCCCUCCAAAAAAAGAAAUAUAAAUCCAUGAGUUUGCAGACACUUCUGGGCACAGACCUCGGCUCCAUUUAAAGAUAUUUCAGCAAUUAUUUUCGUGUCCUGGAAGAAGACCUCAAGUCAAGUCAGGAACUUGUAAAAACUCCCAAUUAAAUGUUUUUGCCAAGCAAUCAUUUUGCUUCUAAGUGGCUGCUGAGGGAAGUCAAUCAUAGUGAAUCAUAGUGUGAAAGACAUUGCAAACUACUCUUUUUAUAUCUGUGUAAAUGUGUUGGAUUACAUCCUCUGUAGACUAGCUGGUGACAUUGUGGAGUGCCUCCAGUCUACUAGUUACUGAAAUGUACAGUUUUCAUACAGCUUUUUCUGGACUGAGGAAAAAAACAUUUACAAUGUACAUAAAAUGCAGUAUUUUGAUAAAUAUCUGUCAAUUAUUAUCAAGUUAAAGAACUGAAAUCUUGCUUGUGGCUCUUAUUGCAGCACAUUUUGGGAUUUGUUUUAAAUGUAUUUACAGUAGUAAAAUGCAGCAAUCAUUCUUUUUAGCAACAGUUUAAUUAACUCCACUCUAGCUGCCUUUAAAUUGCUUUUCUUGUGCCAUGUAUAUUGUCAGGGCCUACUACAAAAGAUCAUUUAAAUGAUCUUAUAGCACUAAGAAACUGCACAGAAAAUAAAUUGGAGAGAACAUGAUAGGAUUGAGGGCCAGUAUAUAUCCUUUGGCUUCACUAGUUUUUAUGGAUAAAAAUAUUGUUUUUUAUUUGUUAAAGCAGUUUUCAUGGCCAUAUAUUCCAGUCAUUGUAUUGAAUAAACAUUUAUCACAGUGA